AUAUUUUGCGCGGUUCAUCCGGUGAUUCCAUGGGUGGCGUUACUCAGGUUCAAUUCUCACCUGAUGGUUACUAUCUAUUUUCGGCGUCACGACGAGACAAUAACAUCCGUUGUUGGGAUAUACGAAACUCUGGCGAUGUUCUGUAUAGUUUGUUUAGGCAAGGAGAUACAAAUCAGAGACUAACUUUUGAUAUCGAAAAAAGUGGUCGAUUUUUGAUUACAGGGGAUCAGGUUGGGAAGAUUCUGGUCUAUGAUUUAAAAAAUCAUUCUGAAGAUAACACUUCAAGGUUGAUAUCAGAAAUGACCGGUCACGAUG